AUGAUUGACGAUGCAUCCACGUCUGAUGAUAGCGACGGCGAGAUGUCGUCUGCAUCUGACAAUGUCUUUUCUGUGAUCACUCACGGACCGCCGUCUACGCGAGCGUAUCAAAAUGAAGAGAAGAUGUUGCGCGCUCGCAGGGCUCUGUCUGAUCCUGAUUGCCCGUUUAGCGUCGUAUGUGACGCUUCGGACUUUGCCAUUGGCAGUGCACUUUUGCAAGUCGACUCUGAGGGUCAAGAACGCAUUAUCGCGCUUGAGUCUCGCCAGCUGAGAGCUGCAGAUAUGAACUAUCCAGUUCAUGACAAGGAGCUACUUGCGAUGAACGACAAAGUCGCCUCAUCUCUCGCAGAGAAUGGCUCGUUGGCUCUCCUUUUCGCGGAGCAUAACUUUGAGGUGAAGUAUAAGCCGGGAAAACAGAAUGUUUUGGCUGACGCGUUAUUGCGUAGACCUGACUAUAAGCUUGCUCAUCUCACUGUUGUGAGUUCGUCAGUAACGGAUCGUAUCCGUAAGGCGUAUGCACGCGAUGAGGCAUGUGUUGCUAUUCUGCAGGCUCUGGGCAGCGCAGAUUUUGAAAACUCUAAGGUGAAGUUGCCACCACGUAAUCGUGCGAGAUUACAUCGUUAUGCACUGACCGAUGGUCUGUUGUACUAUAAUACAGGGUCGGAUGACCAGCCUCGUGUUGUGGUGCCUCAUGAUGAGGACCUCAAGUAUCAGAUACUUUAUGAGGCUCAUGAUACACCACGUGGUAGUCAUUUAGGUCGUGAGAAGACCUACACUCGGGUGAAGCCCUCGCCUAAUACGGCUGCGCUAUUGGCGAGUUUGCCUGUACCCUCGGGGUUGUGA